CCUCACUCAGUAUCUACCAUACAGCCUUACUCAGUAUCUAUCAUACAGCCUCACUCAGUAUCUAUCACACAGCCUCACUCAGUAUCUACCAUAUAGCCUCACUCAGUAUCUAUCAUACAGCCUUACUCAGUAUCUUCCAUACAGCCUCACUCAGUAUCUACCAUACUUCCUUACUCAGUAUCUAUCACACAGCCUCACUCAGUAUCUACCAUACAGCCUCACUCAGUAUCUAUCACACAGCCUCACUCGGUAUCUAGCAGGCAGCCUCACUCGGUAUCUAGCAGGCAGCCUCACUCGGUAUCUACCAUACAGCCUCACUCGGUAUCUACCAUACAGCCUCACUCAGUAUCUAUCACACAGCCUUACUCAGUAUCUAUCAUACAGCCUUACUCAGUAUCUACCAUACAGCCUCACUCAGUAUCUAUCAUACAGCCUCACUCAGUAUCUACCAUACAGCCUCACUCAGUAUCUACCAUACAGCCUUACUCAGUAUCUAUCAUACAGCCUCACUCAGUAUCUACCAUACAGCCUCACUCAGUAUCUACCAUACAGCCUCACUCAGUAUCUAUCAUACAGCCUCACUCAGUAUCUACCAUACAGCCUCACUCAGUAUCUACCAUACAGCCUCACUCAGUAUCUACCAUACAGCCUCACUCAGUAUCUACCAUACAGCCUCACUCAGUAUCUAUCAUACAGCCUCACUCAGUAUCUACCAUACAGCCUCACUCGUAUCUACCAUACAGCCUCACUCAGUAUCUACCAUACAGCCUCACUCG